AGGGUCCAGAAAAAAAAAAUAAAAUAUCACGCAAGGAGAAAAUUAGCGCGAAAGUACCCCUAACGAAAAAAUCUUCAACAAAUUGCAAAAGUUUUCGAAAUUUUUUGUCGUUGUUGUUUUGUUACGCGCUGCGAUGGUAUGGGCCGAGAUGGCCAGCAGACUGGGUCUGUGGCCGGUGUGGGGGGGGUUCUGGCCGCGAGGUCUGGGGAGGCCGCGGGCCCGGUGCAGCAUAAAACUUGGGGCUGACAGCCCAUCGCCUCAUGGCGCGCGAGCCGUUUUAGUGAUCAUUUUGGCGGUGAAAGCGGGUGCGCCUUUUUUCCAAAAUUCGGCCAAAAAUAAAUCGCAGGCGGGCCCGUUUUUCGGCGCCCAAAUUUCCGGCGGACUGCAGACGGACUGCAGACGGACCACACUUGGGCAACAAAACAAAUUCCCAAAAUUCCCAAAGUGAGGCGAUUCCUUAGGGUUUUUGCAGGCUCGGGCCAAUUCGGGUGAUUUUGUUUGCACACAAAGGAUUUGUUUUUGCAACAAGCGGAAUUUGGGAAAAAUUUGUUUUUGCACAAAAAAAAUUUGGGAAGGCGAUACAAAUGGGGGGUAAGAUUGGGGGUUGAAAAAUUUUCUUUCCCGGGAAGCAGGACGCCGCGCUGCUUGAACGCAAUCCAUGUCGCGGCUGCAGAAUUAGUGCUGUGCGCCCGGAUGGUUGGGCAACCUCCCGCGCAAGUCGGGCCUACAUUGCGAACGCUUCAACUUGGCAGGCCUCGGCAUUCCAGUUGCCCCGGUCAUGGCCGCAGAAAGAGCCGUGUCCUUUUUGGGGGUUUUCGCGACGACAAAAAAAACGAAAUUUGUUGGAUUCAGAUUCCUUAGGGCUCCUUUCUGCCCAAAGAAAAGUCAAAGCUGUUAAGGAGAAAAGUCCAGCCAAGGAGAAAAGUCCAGCCAAAAGAAAAAAGUCCGAGCGUGCAACAGCUCGCGCGGUGUGGGGACUGGUCCCGCUCUUUUUCGUGAGAAGUGGCAUCGGAGAAAGUCACCGUGACAAAUUUCGCCCCUAGCGUUCAAACUUUCUGUAGCGUGUCCCAACCUCCGCACUUGUUAGUCGGGAUGAUUAUGUUGGGGGCGCACGAAGUAGGGCAGUUUUUGCGCCCCCGCACCAGUGCAAGGGUUUCCAACCAGGUAUGAAAGUAAUGGCGCACGGGUGCGCGUUUCGUCGAUUUCUUGCGACGAUACUUUUCAGGCCGCAGGAUGUUUGGAUCUAUUUUCACCAAGAAUCUGCGCGAUUCAUCGGCCCCCUUCUCAAUUCCGAGAAGGGGGCGGAUGGCGGAUUCUGGCUGACGUUGCUCCCGGUCCCGCAUCCCGAAGUCAAGGGGCUGGCUAUCGGAAGCUUUGCUCGGAAUGAAGAUAGGCCUGGUGGUGGGUUUUGCGUUGUGUUUGGUUUUGCGCUUUUGCACCGACGCGGGCGGCGAUGCCUCGUUGAAGUAAGAAAGGCGCAAACCCAGACCCGGCGCCCGCAAAAAGCGGAAGCCAGGGAGGGCCGCGAAAAAAAUCUCCGCGCGCGCUGCGCGCGCGGAGAGAAGUUCUUGCAGCCGAGCCGCAGGCCGUGCGGGCUUCGAAAUGAGCGAAGGGGGUUCGGCAAACUCAACUCCCCGAAUUUGCCACGCGCGCAGCGCCUUCCUUGUGGGGCAACUUCUUCUCCGUGCGGCGCACGCGCGGCCCGGCCCCUCCCAUUCAUAUGGAACGCCUAAAAUUUUUCUCGCGCGCUGCGCGCGCUGGCUGCCCGUCCCCUCUUUGUUUCUCUUGGCCCGUUUUUUGCUCACGCGGGGGCCUCCUUGCUGCAGGGGACGACAAAAAAGUUGUCGCGCGCAACGCACACAGCCUUGGGCUUCCUUCUUUGGGGGGCAAGCCCGUGCAGAAUCCGCUUUGCGCAAGCGGCCUUUGAUGUCCGUGCUUGUGUGGUUGGAGGGCGCCUGGUAUUUUUUCCGCGUACCAGGCACGCAGCCUAGCCUCGUCGCCUUGGGGGGGGGAGGGUCUGAAAGAUCUCUUUCGCACACCGUGCACGCGGAAGCGCACCGAGCUGGCGCAAUUUCCCCGGUGCGUCUAUUUUCUCUGCGUGUGGGGGGAGCCUGCUCUGAUUUGCUGCUAGCCCGGCGGAGAUGGGGCAGCAUGGCGUGCGCGCGGUGGUGCUGACUCUGCUUGCGCGGCACGGCAAAGGCGACGCGCGCGCGGCCCGGAAUUUUCUCCGGACCCGCGGCCCUGUUCCCAAAACCGCAAAAAAAAACUUCUUCGCGCGCUGCCGCGCGCGCGUGCGAAUUCCAUUGGCCCGCUUGCCUGCGCCGCCGGCGAAGGCCACAAGCCGUACGCCCCCCCUGCUGUCCUAGGCCGUGUGGGCGUUGCUGAGCGAUUUCGUUGUGGGGCCUUUGCCGGGCUGCAGCGCGUGGCACAUGGGGUACCGGCUACCCGAGGGAGGCGCCGUGUGUUGCCCUAGGGUGGUACUGGGGGCGUGCCGCGAGUCCUUGGCGCGGCGCUUUUUUUUCGCUUUCUUACUGUCUUUUUUCCCGCAGUGCUGUGUUUAGCAUAGUGUAUUCUGGCUAAGGAUACCCUGGGAACAGCUCACGCGGUGCCAACAUAAGUCCCAGGCUGGCUGUGGAGGUGUUUUUGGUCUCGCGCAGAGAAUGGCUUGGUGCAGGACGCUGGGCGUUUUUCCCGUCGCGCAGUGUUUAGCAUAGGGUAUUCUGGCUACCCUGGGCGCGGCUUGCCCAGGAUAGGUGCGGGUCUGUAGGUCGAUUUUUGCCUCUGAAUGUAGCGGGAGGUCGCUGAGUGUAGCGUAGGGAGAGGCCCCGUAGCAGGGGCCUGUGCCCGGAGACCGUUUUUUUUGUGCCCUGAACGCAUUCGCCCCUCGUUUUCUCUUUAAGAAGUCCGUUUUCCCAUCAUCUUCUUCACGAUGUCGGGGCUUCUCGAGAUUUCCUUCAGAAGGGGACAUUUGGGAAAUCCUUUCUCCUGGGCUUUUCGCAUGAUUUCCUUUGGGAAAUCCCUUCUCCUGGGCUUUCCGCAUGAUUUCCUUUGGGAAAUCCCUUCUCCUGGGCUUUCCGCGUGAUUUCCUUUGGGAAAUCCCUUCUCCUGGGUUUUCCGCGUGAUUUCCUUUGGGAAAUGCCUUCUCCUGGGCUUUCCGCAUAAUUUCUUUUAGGAAAUCGCUCGCCCCUGGGCUUUCCGCGUUAUAGGAAAUCUCUUCCUUAGGAGCCGGCCGCUGAUCUCCGCGUCAACACGUACUGGAAGCAAGCUCCUUCUGAUCUCCACUGCGAAACAGAGCGGAGACGAGCUCGGUGGCUAGGGUCUGGGUGGGAUAGGGCCUGUCAUAAGUAUCGCGGUUUCUCCUUUGAUAUGGAUCAGAGGGUCCGCGAUGUCGGACUUUUCUCCUUUGAUAUGGAUCAGACGACUUUUCUCCUUUGAUAUGGAUCAAAGGAGAAAAGUCCGGACUUUUCUCCUUGCAAAGGAGAAAAGUCCGCUGGAUUGAUACCAGAGCGAGCAGCUCCUGGUCCAAAUCCUUCUGUUUUUGCUUCAAAUCUUUCCGUUUUAGCAUCAAAUCCUUCUGCUUUGGCAUCAAAUCCUUCUGCUUUAGCAUCAAAUCCUUCUGCUUUAGCAUCAAUUCCUUCUGUUUUAGCGUCAAUUCCUUCUGUUUUAGCAUCAAUUCCUUCUGUUUUAGCGUCAAUUCCUUCUGUUUUAGCAUCAAUUCCUUCUGUUUUUGCUUUUUUCUAAAUAUCACACAUGUUGUGAUAUCAGCAGCGCAAUCGACUUUUCUCCUUUGGUCCUGUGAUAUCACGUGAUAUCACGUGAUAUCAAAGGAGAAAAGUCUUUUUUCAAAGUUUAAAGACCCAAAACUAGGGUCUAGCUCUUGUGAUGCCGUAAUAAAGCUCGUCGCCGAAUGAAAUGUGCCUGGUGCUCGGCUUUUAGUGCACUUGCCGUCUAUUGCGUACCCACUCGUUUUUGUUUCGUUAGUUGUGACUAAUCCUGAAAAUAACUGACAUAAAGAUGACGCGCUUGGCUCUCAAUCUGAAACGGGAUGCAAGCGGAGUGUGCAGUGAAGAUAUCUGGGAGGUCACGUACGACGGCAAACGGGUGGAACCGCAUCGCCCGGUGCCGCUCCUCGGAAUGCCGGAUUUACUUGUCGACUUUUCCGAUGAGGAGUGGCGCCAGCAUGUGCAAACGUUCGACGAAAUUUCGCGGAUCGAGUGUACCGAGUCGAUGACGCCGCAUGCUUUUCAGGUUGGAUGCGAGUGCAUUUCGCUGAGCGGGCAUCCUUUGAGUGAUCCGUUCACCAUUAAGGUCCCCGGAUGGAUGAUGUCACCAGUAGGGGGAAAAUCUUCCUCAUCGCUCACCCCUGUCAAAGAAAGACUCCUGUUUGCCUUGCGCGAGAAGGUGUGCACCUCGGUCAACACCGACGUUGCCCUUGCGCUCGGGAGAAAGCUCCAGCCCCUGACUUCCGUGCCGAUGGACCACGCAUUGUUUUACCACGCGGGUCGCGUGCCGCUGCCGGCGAUGAAUCCUAGACGCACGACGGUGGUUUUUAGCGGCCAUCACUACGGUGUGGUCAGUAAAGACGAACCCCGGAACUUCGAGACCAGCCGCUGGUACCUUCGCAGCUACCGCCUUGCGGCCUUCUUCUGUCCGUCCAGCAUGAAGAUCACGCACUGGGGACUUCUUGGAUAUCGCACGAACCAGGCGGGGGAGACGGUCGUGGACGAGCGGAGGCAGGGCGUCGCGUGCUUGCCUUUGUUCAGUACAACGAAGCUGACAAGCGAGCAAGGUUGUACUAGUUGCAGCGUUCGGGCGGCGGUGGUCGACAAGCAAAUCGUUGGGCGUGCCGAGGGCGGGUGGGCUCAUCUCCACCGGGUGCAAGUCGAGCAUAACUGUGAAAUCUAUGUGGACAAAAUUCGGAAACACUCGCCGAGUUGUGUGCCGCUGCCCUUGGGCGACAGCUUUUGGGCAACCUUUCACACCGCCGAGGAAGCGCAGUGCUUUGCGGCGGAGGUGGAAGCACUUGGAAAAAUGCUGGCGGAACCCGAUCGUGUGGCUACCGCGUUUCAGGAGGUCAAUUAUUUUACGGAUGCCGAAGCGCAAGAGUCGGGGCUGAUCUCGAAAAUUUUGGACGCUGUGUGCAGCCCGCUCGAGUGGGAUUCGCUGUGCUUAGUGCUGGAUGACGAUGACGAUGUAAGUGGCGCUCGCGAAGUGGAAAAAGCCGACGACGUUGCUUCACUGGUCAAGCAAGUGCUGGCAAGCAGGCUCGAAUCUUCUUCGACGAAAAGCUUUCUGGACCCCGUGACGUUUCACUUGGGGCUGAAGUUGGACCCCGCGAGCUGCAGUGAGGAAGAAGACGAGGAUGAAAGCACCACCGACGGCUUGAAUUGAUGUUAGAAAGUAGAGUUCUUUUAGAGGAGUUCCCAAAACGAGAAGAGGGAAGUCCAUGUCCGUGGAAAAUUACAUAUCAAUUGCGUCUGCAGGUUUGUGCGAAGAUACGUGCUAAAAAA